UGUUGCCACCCGCCAUCUUGUCGCCAGCGCUGCGGCCGGCGGGGCGAGCCCGGGGCGGCGCGGGCGGGGCGGGCCCGCGCUCCGGGCGGCGGCGGCGGCGGCGGCGGCCGGGCCCGCGCCAUGAGCAUCGAGACGCUGCUGGAGGCGGCGCGGUUCCUGGAGUGGCAGGCGCAGCAGCAGCAGACCGCACGUGAGGAGAAUGAGAAGCAUGAGAAGCUGUGCCUGGAGAGGGAGCAGGAGCAGAAGAAGGCGGGCAAGGCCAGCGUGCCACGGGCCAACAGCACCCUGUCCCCAGAGGAGCCCCGGAGCGAGCUGCUGGUGCCCAUCUCCCCGCCGGGCCCGGUGCCCCUGCCGCCCGCGCCCCUGGCAGCGCCCAUCUCGGUCAUCCCCAUCCCCGUGGUCACCAGCUCCCCGCAGCAGGCAGCCCAGGCCGCGCUGUCGCCGCCGCUGGUGCAACGCCACCAGCCCCUCGUGAGCACUCCCAGCGUCCCCAAGGAAGCGCCCUCGGUGGCCCCGGUGAUCCAGCGGCCGCAGCUGCCGGAUGGAAAAGCGGCCACGCCGCCGUCGGGCAGCCCCAAGCCGCUGCCGCAGUACGCGGCGCCGGUGCUGGCCAUCUCCCAGCACCAUGUGGUGCCGCAGCCCAUCCAGCCCCUGCAGCCCCCGGCGGCGCCCGCGCCGCUCGGCGCCCUGAAGCUGGCACCGGCGGACGAGAUGAAACCCAUCGAGCUCAAGAAGAGAAUUGGAGGGGUUGGGACCAGGGAAGUGCAUAAUAAAUUGGAGAAGAACAGACGUGCACAUUUGAAAGAGUGCUUUGAGACAUUAAAGCGCAACAUCCCCAACGUGGAUGACAAGAAGACCUCAAACCUCAGCGUCCUCAGGAGUGCCUUGCGAUACAUCCAGACUUUGAAGAGGAAGGAGAAGGAGUACGAGCACGAGAUGGAGCGGCUGGCGAGGGAGAAGAUCGCGACCCAGCAGCGGCUGGCAGAGCUGAAGAACGAGCUGAGCCAGUGGAUGGAUGUUCUGGAGAUUGACAGGAUUAUUCGACAGACAGUUCAGCCAGAGGAUGACCAGGCAUCUACCUCGACAGCAUCAGAGGGUGAAGACAACAUGGAUGAAGAUAUGGAAGAUGACAGGCCAGUGAACUCAUUACCAAAACUCACCCAGCGCCAGCACCCAGAGCUGCUGAAAGCCGUCCCCCCCAGUGCUGCUGCCCCCCUGCCCGCGGUCCUGCCCCCCCACGUGUCCAUCCAGCAGAAGCCCCACGCCCAGCCCUCCCUGCAGACACAAGCCCUGGUCCCGCCGCAGGCCAUCGUCCCUGCACAGACUCACAUCGUGGCGGCCUCGACCGUGCAAUCGACUGUUAUCGCGCACACCGCCACCACCCACGCCUCGGUCAUCCAGACUGUCAACCACGUCAUCCAGGGGCCACAGACCAAGCACAUUGCCCACAUUGCACCUUCCACGUCCAGCCCCGUGCAACUCACCACCGCUGCCCAGCCCAUCGGCCACAUCACUGUGCACCCAGCCACCAUCAACCACAUGGCCCACCUGGGCCCGCAGCUGCCCAUCUACCCGCAGCCCGUGGCCGUCAGCCAGCCCGUGGUGAGCCACAUCGCUCACACCAUCUCGCACCAGCAGGUGAACGGCACGGCGGGCCUGGGCCAGCCGGCCGUGGUGGCCAAGCCGGCCGUGGGCGCGCAGGUGGUGCACCACCCGCAGCUGGUGGGGCAGACCGUGCUCAACCCCGUGACUAUGGUGACCAUGCCCUCGUUCCCCGUGAGCACGCUCAAGCUGGCCUAGAGGGCACGCGCCGCCCGCUCUGUGCUGGGAACCCUUCCCGAGGAAACUCCGUACAUUCCAAGCGCUGCGGCUCGGCGCGCAACGCCGGGCUGGCCGGGGCCGCGCCGCUGACACACUUCAGAGACACUUGGUCAUGGUGAUUUUUUUUCCUUUUAUGUGUAAUGAGUGAACUAUGGAUAUGAUGUUCUUAAGACUUUUAAUUUCGCCCUCCUUAUGUGUUGCUUCUUUGUAGAAUAAAAAUUGCUGAUCUCUUUAUCGAGACAUUGCGUAGAAUGGGAAAAAAAAUCAUAGAAGUCUAUAUUUAUAUAUAUGUGUGUAUGUGUGUGUAUAUAUAUAUGUAUAUACAUAUAUAUAUAAAUAUAACAUUUGAAGGCCUUUUGUAAGGUUGAUUAUUUUGCAGGAUUAUGAGACAAAAUUCAUUUUUGGAGGAAGAAGCCAGAGUGUCCUCUCUAAACAAGAAACUAUAAGAUAGAUGGUUUGGUGGACCAGAGUACAGUGACAAAAAGCCCCCAACAACAAACCACGAGUCAAACCAUGUUAAAGGUAUUUCCCAUCAAUAUAUUACAUUUCAAAAACCAUCUAAAAUCACUGUGACUUGUUAUGGCAUUUUAAGGAAAUUCUCUGUCCUGUCUAAUAAAAGGAAAAAGAAUACACAACCAGACUUGAUUUGUUGCCAUUUUAUAAAUUACUUGAUUUUAUGUCAAAAAAAUACUGUUUUUUAUUAUUUUAAUGAUUGACAAUGCUUUGUUUGGAUGUUUUUGGGGGAAUUUGUAUUUUGUCUGGCUUGGUUUGCUGAUGCAAUAAUUGGUUUUGCAGAUCUCUGUGCACGGCAUGGCCCUGGUCAGGUCCCUCCUGCUGGUCCAAGCUCCCCCAGGUUUCUUGGGUUUGUUGUUUGGCAGAGGCACACACUUUGUGCUGGCAGCUUGCAGGGCGUUUCUGUGGCCUGGUGAGCGGAACCUGGGACAAGAAGACGUAGAGAAAUGAGGUAGAUUUGCUGCAUGGGUUAAUGUGUGUUAGUUUGCUCUGUCCUGACCACGCUUUGGGGCGGGAGCCGGUGGGUUUGGAAAGGGGUGAAAGGGGAUGUGGUUCCCUUCCAGAGCGCAGGCAGUCCAAGCAGCUGUGUUCCCUUUGACAGGGGAGCGAUCUCUCCUCACGCAGGACAGGGCUUUGCUGCAGGAGGUCGGUGUGAGAGCUGUGUCUGACAGUGAGGCGUGCACCAAAGACCCCUCAUCCCUCAGGACCCUCCCGUUCCCCUCCCGGCGGUUGGGCAGGCCUGUCUGGGGCAGUGGCACAUCCCAGAGAGCCAGGAGAGCAGGAAUGCUGUUUGGCUCUGCUGGAACCUGCCGGCCUGCCCGGGAGGCUGCUCGCUGGAUGUUCUGGUCCUUGCACAGGGCAUGUAGCUGCUGCUGUGAAUGAUCUCCAUUCUGUCUUCCUCUCUUCUUAAAACAAGAAUUCCACAGUCCUUACUGCAGGCAAAAUGCUGCUGUAGGCAGCAGCUGUUCUGCCAGGGCAGGGUGGGAGGAUGGUCCCACGUGUGCCCAGGAGCUCUGGGAGAGAAGGAGGAAGUGGCUGAGCUGAGCCCAGUGUGGGGCUGAGGUCUCCUGCAGGAAAGCAGCAUCCAUGCUCUGCCCAAAAGACCUGCUGGCUCUAGCAGGACUUCAGCCUGUUGAGGGCUGGUGUGGGCAGUGUCAGGGAUGUAACUGAGAACGUCUGCCUGCUCCAUACUGUCCCCAGUUAAAACUGGUCUGAGGCAGGAGAAGUGACUGCAGAGGUCAGGGGUGAUUGUGCCUUCUGAGCAGGUGUCACUGGGAAUUGUGUAAAGUCUGUUCAUAAAGCCCAAGUUACCACUUGUUUUAUUUUUCUUUCGUGCGUUCUUGAGUUCAGGAAGGUCUUGGCUGUGCUUGCCAGCACAGCUCCUGCAGAAUGGACAAACCUUGAAGGAUUUCUUUUCAUAGAUCCCCAUUUAAGCAGAUCAUUUGUUCUCAUUCCAGUGCAUCAUUAACACUGGGGGAUUCCCAGAAUUGCCAGGACUUUAUUCUCCUCUGUCCCUGCAGAUGGCCCAAGGAGGCCAUUGUGUGCCAGUAUUUGAGAGACAGGGUUGGGUAUGGCUCAGUUUCUCCUCAUCAGAAACUCCUCAGCGCUGACUGUGUGCAGCAGGGUCACCUCCCUUCUCAGGAGGGAGGGUGGCUUUGCCUUCUGCAGCAGCCUCAGGAAGGGGAGGACGUGUGCUUCUGCCUUGUUUUACUGCUCCACUCACAAAAUCACAAAUUCUCCUCACUGAAGGAGAAGGAGCCAGGUUGGGAACAGGCUUGGUGAGAUGAGCUUGCUGCUGGGUUGCUGAAUGGGCUGUGCUGUGUGGACUGGGUGCUGCUGACCUCAUCUUCUCCUCCCUUAUGGUUUAGAGCAGAGAGUGCCCUGCCUUGCCCAGGACUAUCUUGGCCAGUUUCUCUUUCCCCCUGGAUGUGUGCCAUGCAGUCUGUCUGUCUGCUCCCCUUCAUGGGUGUUUGUCCCCAUUAGGAGCACCCCCUUGGUCUGCCCAGGGGCUGCUCCAGAUGUCCUGUGUACCCCUGCUCCCAUCUACCGUUUUCAGGGCUACCAGAAGCAUUCUUUGGGCUUUUUCUUUUUGUUUUUCAAAGUCAGCAAACUUCUCUCUAUUCUGUGGGAAGAAGAGUGGCCACAGCCCUUCCUUUUCCACCUCUGUUGUUCCUGCUCAGAAACUUUGGAUUUACACUGAUGCUCUUAGAAAUCCCGUUCAGUACUGUAUGACAAGGGGCACUUUAGGAAUGUCUCUCCUCCUUUGAUACAUGUUUUCCCUAUGGAGAAAGCUAUAUAUAAAUAUAUAUGUACACUUGGGGAUUCAUAAGAUCUCAUUUGUCCCCCAAAAAACCAAUAAAUAUGAAGUUUACAAGAAA